CAGACAGCAGGAAGCUUAGGACUGGGUGCUUCUGCUUGCAGUGUAUAUGUAUCUUUUUAGAAACUGACAGAGCACGGCUGUUAAUGUGCAUGUAUUAUGUGCAUAACUCCUGUUAGGGUGCAUCCAUGACAUUGUGACAGGGAUCUUGAAACAUGGAACAGCAGGUAUGGGUCCGACUGGCCAAGUCUCUGCUCCUAGUCAGCUGCCUCUUCAUGAUGCUCCUGUGCUUAGCCGCCGGCAUCCUGACAGUAAUGACUGGGCUUGGAGGGCAUUUUUCUGCAAUAAAGGCCAUCGCUCCCCCCGAGAGCCCACUCAGAGGAAAACACAGUGCCAUGGUGCUUUAUGGCAGUGGGGUCAGCGCUUUGCUCCUGAUUCUCGUCCUUCUAAGCUCCAUUUCUGUCCUGCGAGAGUCUCGCCACCUCAUGACAUCAGCUUUCCUUGGCUUUGGGUGUUUGUUCUGCAUCCUCACAGUAGGAGCGACCUGGAUACAAGCCUCUCAGCAGCAGGUCGAUACCUCAUUACUUGAUGUUUACGAUGAGCUCUAUGAGCAAGUCCUCAGGGAGUCCCUACUUGUGCAGAGAGAGCAACUGCAGAGCAUGCAUGAAACGCUCCAGUGCUGUGGAAAGCUGAGAGACAGCCUGCCGAGAACUGACAUGCAAGGCCUGUGUAAGAAUGUAGAAGAGAGACAGGACUGUGUGGUAGUGAUAUCUAAGGCUCUUCAAACACAUUGGACCUUGGCUCAAGUUGGAAUUCUUGUGUCCCUUGGAUUUAUGGUUCAAGGAAUGUUCCUCUCCUCCUUCCUCUUCUUCUCUCUCCCUAGAGGAGCAAACUGGGUUCGCAGAGGAGAAUACAGCCUGAAAAAUGCAUCUGUUCUUAAUCCAGAUACCCCUCUUGCUCGACUUCUUCCCCAUCAAACUGCAGAAUCAAAGAGGGGUUAGCCCCCGACCUAAGGGGUCCUUAGUGGAUGGAUGUCAACAGUGAGGCGCAUGGGUGGGGGUGGCAGCAAAUAUCAGCAGCUACAAUCAGGCCGGUCUGUUUAGACAGGGGCCUUGGGGUCAGGGCUUCUGGAAGUCAAACCCAGCAGAACUUACAAUCUAAUUCCUUGCCUAGGGCACACAAACUCAUUCAGUGAACCAUGGAAGAGAAGCCACACAUAUCUCAAGUGGCAAUGGACUCAACACAUUGGGGUGUAUUUAUUGAAACUGGAGAAAAACAUCACCAGUGAUGUUGCCCAUAGCAACCAAUUAGGUCUUUGCUUUUGUUUUCUGAAAAGUACUCUUUACAAUGGCAUAAACACCCUCUUGCAUGGUUCUGGAGCAGAGUUAAGUAGGGGCAAGGUCCAUGUUGGGAUGAUGACAACAAAAUAGACCACAGCCAUCCGGAUAGAUUCUGCUAUUUUACAAAGUGAACCUGGUUGGAUAUUCGGUCCUUCAGCAGGAUCAGCCUUAGAAGAGAAACAAGAAUCCUGGUUGGCUAAAUAUAAUGCUGACUAUUGCCUCUUUCCAUUGAUAUCAGCAUAUUGCACCACUAAGGAGCUCUAACACAGGGAGUGCAUUAUGUGCUGCUGUUGGAGGAAACUCACACAACUCAGGGAGAAAAUGUGGCCCAAACCCCUCACAGGAUGGUACACUGGCCAGAGCUGGCCCAAACCAUAUUAGCUAUGUGACUUAAGAUACAGUGCCAUUUCUUCUAAGCACUUUGACUAUUACUGUUAUUAUUAGCCUUUAUUUUAUAUAGCACCAACAUACUCUGCAGCGAUUAUACAUCAUUUCCAGUAUUAUUAGCUGUGGCCAAACUUCCUGCAACUGCUUGCCAUGCUUUAAUAAAAUCACUUAUAAUACA